AGGUUAGCUACUCUACACCAAUAAAAUUUCGUCGAUCGAUCCUUAUCGUAAGAUAAUAUAUACUUUCUUUAUCGUGUACAAUGAUAAUUAAUAUAACUCGAGAGGUUUCUUUCCGUACACAUUUUAAAACGUAACAAUUGUUAUACGAACGUGAAACGUGUUCGCCGGCUCGACGCCCCGUGUAAAUGGUUGGACGGUCCUGGCAAGGGGCUCAGGCAUUGGCUGUUUCGCGGGCGUGGGAGCUCCGCAGGGGUUCAGUUAGUCUGCACGGGUAAUAGAACUGCGCUGGGGGGUGGGCGUAAGAACGAGGAACGGUUAGUAUAUCCUCGCGAAGGGUAGGAGCAAUAGCCGGUUGGCGCAAGUGCGGCGGGGAUAUCGUGGCCUGGCGGAGCCCAGUCGAGUCCCGUGAGUCCGGGCAAGCACAGCUAUUAAGGUGGUACGUGGUGGUGGUGUAGGCGUCGUCCGGGACUGAGAUUUCGAGCCGCCAUCGGAAAAGCUUCUCCUCGGUGUCUGUGCGUCUACGUGUAAUCAUCAGUUUCGCGUGGUACGUACAACGAUAGACCGUCCUCGUGCCGGAACUCAGCAGACAUCUCUCACUUCCGGAUCGACGGGCCUGCUUCCACUUCGUAACGCACCGAGAGAGAAGGAUCAUUCGUAGUGUCACGACGACGUUAGAAACACUUUCGCGUUAACGUAAAAACUGCUGGAAGACGCGAGAGCCCUGUACAUACGACGGAAUCGAACAGGCGCGCACGAUGAUUCUGCGCGUCUGAGAGUAUAACCGUGGACGCGAGAGGGAACGAGAUAGAUAGAUAGAUGGAUAGAUAGGUUAGAUAGGUAGAUAGAGAUAGAUAGGACGGAUAGGACGACGCGUGGAAAAGGGUUUACAAACGUCGUUGGCUCGCGUUCGUUCGCGGUGUGCAAAGGAUAGAGUGACAACCGGUGUUACGCGAACCGAGAGUGGGGGGAGAACGUAUCCAAUCGCGGGAGGGUCACGAACGAUGUUAUCGUUGUUCGUUGCGCGUUUCUUCGACCCCUGAUGACCAGUGUUCGCUCUCGGUGUAACCGAUUAACAGACUCUCGCGAGUGUCUAUCGAUUAAACCGUCGGGAGGAGAGCGAAACGAGCGGUAAAGCUCGCUAAGAAGAAAGACGUCGUGGAGGAAGUAGUUGAGUGAGAGGGAAAUAAUCGAGAGCAAGAGGAUCGAGACGCAAAGAAGAGUGAUAAAGGAGGAUAGAGAAUUAGCGGCGACUGUGAGUGGGUGCGUGGCGAUUGAGUGCGUGCUCUGAACGGAGCACGUUGCGAAGGAGUACCAUCGAGGACGGGGGGUCCAAAGCGACAUUGGGGGGGCGUGUGUGACUUAUUUUGCCCCCCCUACCCCCUGACCCCGUCGCCCGAAACUGUGACUUCAUCGCCGCCAAGCCAAUUUCUCGUCGGCAUUACAACGUGGCCGGUUAGAUCGCCGGAUAUCGCAGGUCUGGGCGAGGCUCGAGGAAGACGCCUCCGCGAGGAUCCCCGGGCGCAGCGAAGGAGGCGGAAGACCGCGACAGAGAUCGUGUCCUGUAGCGUAGGAAGUAGAGUAGUAAGAUGCCAGUCUUCCCGAGUAACGAGGCGCCAAAGAGGAUGGGAUCGAUGCUGUCGCAUCAACGGCAACUUCGUCUACUCCUUUCGAUCCUGGUGCUGCUGUCCCCAAGGCUGCCGGUUCGCUCGAAUCCCGCCGACAUCGUCGAGAGGUUCCACGAUCCCGAGGUGAAGCGAAUGAACCAUCUCGUGGUGGACAAGAACACGGGUCGCAUCUACGUGGGCGCGGUGAACCGGCUGUAUCAGCUCUCGCCUGAUCUCAGUCUGGUGGUCAAGGUGGUGACGGGACCCAAAGGCGACUCGCCUGCCUGCUCGAUGAUCGACUGUCCGCGGGAGACGCCAACCCGACCCGUCGACAACGUGAACAUGGCCCUGGUGAUCGACUACACGACCACCAGGUUGAUCUCGUGCGGCACCCUGUCGCAGGGCACCUGCAGGGUACGAAACCUCCACAACAUCUCCGACGUCGUUCAAGAGGUAAAGGAAGCCGUGGUGGCGAACAACGCGAGCAUGUCGACGGUAGCGUUCAUCGCUCCGGGACCACCGAAUCCGCCUGUCACCCAAGUGAUGUACGUGGGUGUCACCUACACCGGGAACUCGCCGUACAGGUCCGAGGUGCCAGCGGUGAGCUCCAGGUCCCUGGACAAGGACAAGAUGCUGAACAUCGCCGAAACAGCGGUUACCACCGGGACCAGGAUGUACGUGAACUCGUUGUCGCGCGAUAGAUAUCUCAUCAACUACAUAUACGGGUUCAGCAGCGGUGGAUUCAGUUACUUCAUGACCACACAGAUGAAGAACACGAACACGCCUUUCUACGUGUCGAAGCUGGUGCGUAUCUGCCACGACGACGAGCAUUACUACUCGUACACGGAGAUACCGAUUAACUGUACCAGCAACGAGGUCCACUACAAUCUCGUUCAGGCAGCGUACGUCGGCAAGGCUGGCUCGGUGCUGGCAGGAGAUUUAGGCAUCACCGCCCAGGACGACGUGUUGUUCGCGGUGUUCGCCGAGAGCAACGGGACGAGCAGCAACGUCCCCAAGCCGCAUUCCGCCCUUUGCGUGUACUCGUUGAAGGCGAUCAGGAGGAAGUUCAUGACCAAUAUACAGAAGUGCUUCAGCGGCGAGGGACACCGAGGCGUGGAGUACAUGUCGCCCAGCCACCCCUGCAUCUCAACGAAAUUGCAGACGAUCAGCGAGGACUUCUGCGGUCUGGACGUGAACACGCCUCUGGGAGGCGAGGACGCGAUCGAGGCAACCGCGGUGCUUACUUUCAACACUUAUCUCUCAGCGGUAGCCGCUACAUCCACCGGGGACUACACCGUGGUCUUCCUGGGCACCCGCACGGGUCACCUGAAGAAGGUGGUGGUGGAGAGCUCUUCCGUAGCCCUGGAGUACGGCGAGCUGGAGAUCGAUCCAGACUCGGUGGUGAACGCUGACUUGCUGUUCGAUUCUCAGCUAAUGCACCUGUACGUCAUGACGAACAAGACAGUCUCCAAGGUCAAGGUGCAGGAAUGCUCGGUGUAUAAGACCUGCUGGGAAUGUCUCGGAGCUAAGGACCCUUACUGCGGUUGGUGCUCGCUGGAAAAUAAAUGCAACCUGCGCAGCGACUGUCAGGACGCUGCCAAGGAUCCUCUAUAUUGGAUCUCGUACAAAAGUGGCAGAUGCAUAACCAUCACCACCGUCACCCCGGAUCAGUUGCAACGCACGACCGCUAGAACACUGGAGCUGGUUAUCGAGAACCUGCCAACGCUCCCAGGUCAAUUUCUUUGCGCGUUCUCCACUUUGGAUAAGACCCUGAUCACCAACGCCUCGAGAAAGUCCUUUGGUGUAAACUGCACCACGCCUAGGACCGAUCUGCUGCCGUCCAUCGCGCCAGAACAGCACCACUUCACCGCUCAAUUGUCCGUCAGGAUGACCAACGGACCAGACCUCGUCGCCACCAACUUUACCUUCUUCGACUGCAACACCUACACUUCGUGCACUCAGUGCGUCUCGUCUAGGUUCCCCUGCGACUGGUGCGUCGACGGACACAGGUGUACCCACGACACAGCUGAGAACUGUCGCAACGACAUCUUGGUCACGGGAGUCAGCAGAACGGGACCAAGUUACAGAAGCGGCCCAGCGUUCUGUCCCACCUUGAACGCCACCGAGUCCCAGGAGAUCCUGGUAUCUUCCGGCAUCAAGCAGGUUAUACGCGUCAAAGUGCACAUCAUCGGGCAAUUCAUCGUGCAGACCAGGUUCGUAUGUCAGUUCAACAUAGAGGGCAGAGUGACCAGCAUGCCCGCUCGCCUAUUGGGGGACACGAUUUACUGCGAUGAAACCGAAUUCUCGUACACGUCCCGCGCGCCCAACAUCACCGUGCCCUUCGCUGUUAUCUGGGGCAGCUCGAAACCCUUGGACAAUCCCCACAAUAUCCACCUGGUGAUAUACAGAUGCCGCGACAUGGCCGACAAUUGCGGAAUGUGCCUGGCUCUUCUGCCCAAGUACGAUUGCGGAUGGUGCCAGAGCUCGAAGAGAUGCGAGGUGAAGAAGCACUGCGACAACGGGAUCGGGGUUUGGCUGAACAGCAAUCAGACAUGUCCAAAUCCAGAGAUACACAUGUUCGAGCCGAUGAUGGGUCCUUGGGAAGGGAACACCAACGUGACGAUACGCGGCAUCAACUUAGGGAAGACGUUCUCGGAUAUCUACGGCGGCAUUAUGGUAGCCGGGGUGCAGUGCCAGCCGUACGAGGAGCUCUACAUGCGGACGAAGCAGAUCGUCUGUCGCGUGGACGGUCCAGGGAUGAUUGAGGGCAAGCGUGGGCCAGUGAUCGUGGAGAUCGAGGACUUCAGGGGUCAGUCAGAGUCCAACUAUGAGUUCGUGAACCCCCAGAUCCUCUCCAUAUCACCGAAAUACGGGCCCGUGAGUGGUGGGACCACCGUAAGGAUCAGUGGAAAGUACAUGAACGCAGGCAGCACCAUCAAGGCCUACAUAGACGAGCUACCGUGCUCCAUCAUCAACGCUGACACCAAUUACGCUCUCUGCAUGACCAGCGCCAGCGACACCAAGAGGAACGGCAAGGUGAAGAUGACGUUCGACGGCGCAUUUCGAUACUACGACGGUUACUUCGAAUACGUCGACGACCCUACGAUCUUGAGCGUGGAGAGCGGCGUCGCCAGCCAGAUGAAGGUCGCUAAAGGCAUACCAGCGGGCGGAAUAAAGAUAUCAGUAACGGGCAAAAACCUAGGAUGCAUACAGAGCCCACAGAUGUACGUGUACUACGACGAGAAGAUGUUCGUUUCGCAGUGCGAGGUGCACAGCGAAGAGUACAUGGUCUGCAAGUCGCCUAGUAUUGAAGUGCCCGAGCACGUCGUGGUGGACGCGGAGAACCCCCUGCGACUGGAGUAUGGGUUCCGCAUGGACAACGUGACUGGUGUACAGAAUCUCUCUCAACACGGGUUCAACCACUUCCUGCUCUACCCGAAUCCGAUCCUCGAGCAGUUCGACGAGGAGAUCAAGUACUAUAAGAGCGACUAUUUGACCAUCAACGGGCAGCACCUUGAUCGCGCCUGCCAGGAGUCCGACGUGAUCGUGCAGAUAGGGAACUCGUUCUGCAACGUCACCUCCCUCUCGAGGCAGCAGCUCACCUGUCGGCCACCUUUGACACAGCCUCCAGCCAUAGAUUCGGAGGGUCUGCCCAACAAGCAGGAACUGCCCGAGGUGAUCGUGGUCGUCGGUGGCUCUCUUCGUUACAAUAUAGGGAAACUAAGCUACGCACUGCCGUCUGGUCUCAACGGACCAUUAUCGAAACCAGCCCUCAUAGGGGUGAUCGCCGCCAUCGUGAUCCUCGUGUUCGUGUUCAUCGCCUUCCUAAUCGCUUAUCGACGCAAAUCCACCGAGAGCAACCGCGUGCUCAAGAACAUGCAGGAGCAAAUGGACAUACUGGAGUUGAGAGUCGCCGCCGAGUGCAAGGAGGCUUUCGCUGAGCUCCAAACAGAGAUGACCGAUCUUACUGGCGACCUGACCAGCGGCGGUAUACCGUUCCUCGAUUAUCGCACUUACGCCAUGAUGAUAUUGUUCCCGAGCGACGACAAUAGCCCCGUGCUACAAUGGGACAGGCCGGAACUCGCGCGCAAGGAGAAGGGUCUGCGUCUGUUCGGCCAACUAAUAAUGAACAAAACUUUUCUCCUUCUGUUUGUACGAACCCUGGAGAGCAACCGAUACUUCUCGAUGAGGGACAGGGUGAACGUGGCCAGUCUCAUCAUGGUCACGCUUCAGAGCAAGAUGGAGUACUGCACGGAUAUAUUGAAGACGCUUCUAGCGGAGCUGAUCGAAAAAUGCACGGAGGGGAAGAGUCAUCCGAAGUUGUUCCUUAGACGAACGGAAAGUGUUGCUGAAAAAAUGUUGUCAGCGUGGUUCACCUUCCUCUUGUAUAAAUUUAUGCGAGAAUGCGCCGGAGAACCAUUAUAUGUGUUGUUUCGCGCGGUGAAACAACAGGUUGAUAAGGGUCCCGUCGACGCCAUCACGUCUGAAGCACGGUACUCCCUGUCGGAGGAGAAACUGAUUAGGCAGUCCAUCGACUUCAAACCAAUGACGGUGUACGUAUCAAUAUCACAACAAACAGUGUUCGCUGGAGGCAUGGAUCCGAAUACGGAAAACGUGCCUGUUAAGGUCCUGGAUUGCGACACGAUAUCCCAAGUGAAAGAGAAGGCACUGGACACCAUCUACAGAGCCACACCUUACAGCCAAAGACCCAGGAAGGAUGACCUCGAUCUUGAAUGGCGAACAGGAGCGUCGGGCAGAUUGAUCCUCUACGACGAGGACUCGACCACGAAGACCGAGGGCGAGUGGAAGAAGCGGAACACUUUGAAUCACUACAGGGUACCAGACGGGGCGUCGCUCAAUUUAGUUUCCAAGCAGUCGUCGAUCUACAACCUGUCGAUCCUCUCCGAGAAGACGGACAAAUCGCACAAGUACGAGACCCUAAACCUUAGCAAAUUCAGUUCGGCCAGUCCACCCCUGUCGCGCGCCACGUCGCCGUUGAAUCAGAACCACGAUGGCGGCCUGAAGUGCUGGCACCUCGUCAAACACCACGACUCCGACGCGCGGAAGGAGGGCGAUCGCGGCAACAAGAUGGUGUCGGAGAUCUACCUAACGAGGUUACUGGCAACGAAGGGUACGCUCCAGAAAUUCGUCGAUGACCUCUUCGAAACGAUCUUCAGCACCGCCCAUCGAGGCUCGGCCCUGCCCCUCGCCAUCAAGUACAUGUUCGACUUUAUGGACGACCAGGCGCUACAACACGGCAUAUCUGAUCCCGAAGUAGUUCACACAUGGAAGAGCAACUCCCUUCCGCUUAGGUUUUGGGUUAACCUUAUUAAGAAUCCGAAUUUCAUUUUCGACAUACACAAGUCAAACAUCGUCGACUCGUGUCUCUCCGUCGUGGCGCAGACGUUCAUGGACAGCUGUUCCACUUCGGAUCAUAGAUUAGGUAAGGACUCCCCGAGUUCCAAACUACUUUACGCAAAGGACAUUCCAGUGUACAAAGAGUGGGUAGAGCGUUACUACUCAGAUAUCAAAGUCAUGCCAGCCAUAUCCGAUCAAGACAUGAACGCCAUGCUUGCCGAAGAGUCUAGGUUGCACACGACGGAGUUCAACACAAAUUGCGCCCUCUACGAACUGUACACGUACGCGGGUAAAUACAACGAACAGCUUAUAGUUACCCUCGAGGAGGACGAGUUCUCGCAGAAGCAGAGAUUGGCAUACAAGCUCGAGCAGGUGCACAACAUCAUGGCGGCGGAUAACCCCUGAUGUACCAUGAACUCUAUGAAGCAUAUGACAAAGCCCGCCCGCCAAGAGUUACCCUGCUGAAUACUCGACCCAGGUGUUAGGUAUUCUCAAGGAAGCACCAAGAGGACUGGCCUAUCUUGUAAUCGAUCGUCUCAGGUUUACGUGCAAGCCAGUUAUCUCAGCUUAGUACGCGAAUUAUUAACACAAGAAUGAAAAAAACUGCACAACGGACCGCUACCGAAGUUAAUGGGGAAGAGAGUUUGAUAAACGAUGAACUAAGUGUUUUUACGUUCCGUUCAAUUUGAAUUCUUUUGGAAGUACGUGCGUCAAAAGAGUCACGUUUGGGAACGGUCGCUGGCAGGCAGGUGUGCGGCGGCAAUCACAGCGCAUGCCCCCACGCAUAACUGUACAUAAGAUACCAAAAUCACGAUUAAUUGUAAUAGAAUUAUUGAUGUGCGCUCACACCAGGCCGCGGCGGCCGUGAAACACGCAAAACGGUGAACAACUGAAAGGAUCGUCGCGGUAACCGCGCCCAACAAAAUUCGCGGCCGCGAUCAAACGCCGCGAAACCGGCAGUUAGGGUUUUAAAACGAAAAACGAAAAAAAUAAUAGACACUAGUGAUAUAAGUGAGUGAACGAAUCGGCCGAUCGAUCCCGAUAUAUUUGUAAAUGUGUUUAAGAAAAAAACAAAAAGGAAAAAAAAAGUAAGAAGGAAAAAGGUAACGAUAAAAAAUGACGAGAAGACGAUCGAUAUUGCCGCGAACACGCGCUAUCAUCGGGGAUCGGCGAUUUUUAACGAAGAAACAUUUCCAUCCACCGCUACUAGCUGAAAUUUUUUGAAUUACGAACUGACGAAUUUUAAUAAAUAAGAUAAUUAACGAUUACGAUGAUUAAUUCAAUAAUAUGGGUAUAUUAUAUAUACAUUGGAUGGUAUGUCGUAUGUAUAUGUGUACAUAUAUACACUUUAUACCGGCGCAAAAGUAUGUGUGUAUGUAUAUGCAGUAUCCGAGAAACGAGCGCGCGUACAGUAUCGGCGCCCGUGACGUUCGUCGAGGUUUUCACCGUUUAUGACGAUCGAACCGUCAACGACGACAAUCCUCGUCCGAUUCGUAGAACGUCGAUGCAUCAUCGGCCAACCGUCGGUCGAUCGAAGCAGGGUUUAACGCCGUGCUGUAUGUGCGCGUGCAUUACGCGUAUUAUUUAUACUUACAUGCAUUCAAAACGGAAAAAAAAAGAGGAAGGAGUCAUCCGCGAAUCGGAGACAGACUGUGUAUUAGUUGAUAGGUAUUAAUCUAUAGACUAUGGCCGCGCGCGAGGCCAGCUCGAUGUGACGGUUGUGUUGAGUGUGCGUGCUUCCCCUUCCUUGGUCUCCAGCUCAUUGUUCCAUUUUACCAUUAAUCGUUCGUUCUUCAUCGUUCGUGCAUCCAUCAUCGCCCGAUGGUCACCUAUCAUUGUCGCUAUCUCAUAAUCAUCGGAACACCCCCAUCUUCCCAAUCCUCCCCCCCCCCUCUUCCGCUCCUCUUCAUCCUCGUGUCCAUUAUCCCUCUACGUAAUUAACGUGUAGCAAAGAUAUGUCCCACUAUCGGCGCCUCCUCUUCUCUACUCUGUCUCAUUCAUCCUAGGAAUUCACACACAUUGUGCCACCUUCUCUUUCCCUUUGUAAUGCUUCAACGCCUCCGUCGUCAUGUUGUUGUCACUCUUAAUUAUUGUAAUAUAUAAUGAAUAACGAUCACUGUUGAGUAUUGUCUGAUUGUAAUACAUUGAUAUUGAAUUGAUAUGAAUUGAUAAUCAUUAAUUAAAAGGAAAAAAAAAAAUGCGUAACAUUAAACUCUGUGGAUGUAGCCAUAAUUGGUGUGGGUGGAACGUUUAAGCACUGAUGCGGAUGAGAGUGGUUCGGGAGCCGUUCGCGGUAUUGACAGUACCCGAAUAAACCUUUCACGCCCUAGAGACGUUUUUUACACGCGCGUGAACGUUCACCGGGGUCGACCCGUUUUCCUUUUAUCUUAAUUAAGGGGAUCAAAAACAGAAAAGAAAAAAAAAGAAAGAACGGCAUUCGUCAAUUUCGGGGCACAAUUCGUCGUUCUCUUCCAAGUUCAUUGUACGUUUAAAAAAAGAACAAACACUAGCCAAUUCUGCAACGCACAUCGAGGUUCAACCAAGGGAGCUUUUUUCUCUUCGCGUUGGAGAUCAUCAGGUACCCGCUAGGGUCGGUUUCCGACGAUCGAGAUUGUCGCGAAAAGAAUUCAUAUCGCCGAAGGAGCCGUCGCGCCCUUCGAGGGUCCUGUCGACGCGAGCGGCUGGCAGCGAAUGAGAAUCGUUUUACGUGUGCGUGCGUGUGUGUGUCCCGUGCGUCAAUUCAAUGUGCAGUUGUCAGUGGAGAAAGUAUUUAUUGCUCAAAAAACAUCGGAAGACCGUGUGUGGAAAAGGUAAGGCAGCAGGGAAAGAUACGGAGUUGGUAGGCUACGGGAAAGGAACGGGGGAGGGGGAACGGAUAGAAUUAGGGGAGCUUAACACGGCGGCGAACGCGCGUGGACAAGAAGAAAUGGAUCACAGACAGGGUACACCGUCGGGUCGAGGGAAGGACAAGCAAGAGAAAACGAUAGAACUUCGCGUCUCGUUCGGCCGCUGUAUCGCAUAAUGGAAAACAAGAGAUACUAAUAAUUAAAUAAAAUAAAUAAAAAAAGAAUCACAAACACGCAUAUAGACAAAUUCACACAAACACAUAGACACAAUAAGGGACUCGCAACGCCCUCCCCCGCGCACGCCGACUUCAAAUGGUACUAAUAAACCCAAAGUGCCUCUGGUAGAUUUUUGGGCAUAAGCUUGAGUAAUAAAGACUACAUAGCGUUUACUAUAAAAGCACGACUACGACGCGAUCGCUGAUUGUAAUAAAAACGAUGAUAAUAAUAAUUAAAACAGGAAAAAAAUGAGGGGAGGAGAUACGGAAACAAAAAGGAGAAAAACGGUGAACAAAGAGCAGCAGAAAAGAAGUAUGCAGCGAGAAUAGAGAAUGACAAGGUGGAAAAGCGAGGGACGGGAGUAAGUGUACGAGCGUGUACGCGAGCUUGCUGAUUAAAACGAUAAAAUGAAGAGUGAAAACGAAAACUAAAUAAAGCUAAAUGGAAAACCCGACAGGCGGGCGGAGUGCGGGCGUACCCGGGUGUACGCGGUGCGUACGCUAAUUACACGUUUAGAUAGGUAUACAUAUAGUCGGUAGCCUAGUCUCUAUGUCAGUGUCUGCCCUGAGUGUCUUUCCCAUGGUGUAUCCCAUUAAAGUGCGUGUACCUUGAACUCCCGGCAAGCAGACGUGCAACUUCCUCCUCCCGAAAAUUGUCCAGCAACACCCUCUCCUCCCCCACCUCCGACGGUCGGUUGUCAACUCUUGAUAAAACAAGACGAACACCCCCUCUCCCAUCUACCAAUGUCCUCCUGCGCCAACUUAUCACCACCUCCCUUACCAUCACCGAUAUAUACGUGCAUUUAUAUAUCAUCGUUAUUUAUCAUUGCCAUCGUCACCGUCAUCGUCAUCGUCAUCAUCAAAAAAGAAAAAUCCACUUCUCCCCUAACCCACGCCCCCCUUCCCCCUUCUUCGUAACGCGUUUAACUGUGCUCACACAUCACGCGUCCUUCGCCACACUACCGAUCGGCACGUUUUGCUAAGUAAAUAUUAUUAUUGUAUCGAUGGUUCCUCAUUAAUUAUGGAAUGUACGAUCCCAAUUUGUAAAAUUCGAACUAAGUAAGGAGAUUGUGUAUCGCCGUAUCGUUCGUGCGUGGCUUGCUGCCCCGGCAGUCUAACUCUACCGUUGUAUGCGUGCCGAGAAUCGUGUUUCGAGAGAAGCGUGCGCCUCUUUGUCGUGUGUCUCUGUCGAUGGAUGACCGUGUACGUAUGACGAUACCUUAAAAAAAAAAAGCGUCUUCUUGUUUGUCCCGUUCGUCUCUUCCUUUUUGGGAACCGUUGAUCCAGGAUCCCUUCGUCGAAACGCUGGAAGGGACGAUCCAGAGGAAUAACGGACACACACAUGACACACAUGACACACAUGACACACACACACACACACAAACAAACAAACAAACAAACAAACAUUAAGAAGAAAAUAAAAAAUGAGGGACAAACAAGUUUAGACCUGGAAUGACAGAUCGCAUGAGUGUCCGUGGACUGUGUAAGACUGAGAGAGGCAGCGGAGGGAGCUUGCCAAUCAAUCCGGGGUCGCUCCCUCGCCGCUCAUUUUUACGUCGUAAAUAUUAAUUAUGAUUAUACAUAAAGAAACAAAAAAGAUAACGCAUCCAAGCAACACGAUUACGUUACGUUUAUAAUAGUCAUGUUCCUUUCCGAUCAAUAAUUAUUAUUAAUAAAUCUAUAUCAACCUUGCUACAUUA